AUGGCAAUAUGCUAUAAAUGAAGAACCAGAAUAGCUCAAGUUUUUGGUCGUUUGAACUCUGAAGAAUCGUUUAUUAUCUGUCAAUUCUUAGUUCCUGGUCAAAUUAUUCACCUGCACCCUCCUUCUCUCCACCACUACUUUUGUGUCAGAGUACCAGCUUUGGCAAUUCAAAUUUCCUUCAUUCAAAAUCGUAUGCAUAUUUUCCUCUUUCCGCAUUGAGAGAUCUUCUGAAUUGAAUAUAAGAAAAAUAAUGGCCAUUCUUUCUCUUAUAGUUGCUGUUACAAAACUGCUAUUGAUCUUCCCUCCCUUUUCUUCUGCAUCUGAUGUUAUUACUCAUGAUCAGCCGCUCCCUGAUGGAAGGACCUUGGUGUCUAAAGAUGGGAUCUUUGAAUUGGGCUUCUUCAGCCCUGGUGGCUCCACACACCGAUAUGUUGGAAUUUGGUACAAGAGCAUCCCCCAGAAAACUGUUGUUUGGGUGGCCAACCGUGAAAAACCAGUCAAAGACAACUCAGGUAUGUUGAGCAUAAACACUGAGGGACGUCUUGUGCUUCUCAGCCGGAACCAGACUAUUAUUUGGUCAGCAAACUCAACGAUACAAGGCUUGAAUCCCAUUGCACAGCUUCUAGACUCAGGAAACCUAGUACUGAGGAAUGAACAAGACCAGAAUCCUCAAAACUACCUAUGGCAGAGUUUUGAUUAUCCCUCUGAUACAUUUUUACCAGGAAUGAAGAUAGGGUGGGACCUGAAAACUAGGCUGAAUCGACGCCUAACAGCUUGGAGGAACUGGGAUGACCCAUCUCCUGGAGACUUCACUUGUGGUGUCGCCCUUGGUCCUAUUCCUGAGUUAGUAAUGUGGAAGGGCUCAGAAGAAUUUCAAAGAAGUGGCCCUUGGAACGGAGUCAGCAUUGGUGGCAAAACCACUCCCCUUUUCCAGCUGCAAUUUGUCGUCAAUGAAGACGAGGUGGUUUACACUUCUAAUCUCCAGGACAAAUCUGUGAUUACAAGAGUUGUUCUAAACCAAACUGUUUAUUUUCGUCAGCGUUACAUCUGGGAUGAACAAACCAAAAGUUGGAUACUUUAUUCAUCUAUACCAAAAGAUAACUGUGACAGUUAUAAUCCUUGUGGCCCCAAUGGAAAUUGUAUUGCAAGUGAAUCACCACGUUGCCAGUGUUUAACAGGAUUCAAGCCAAAAUCACCUCAAAAGUAUGAUGCAUUGGACUGGACUCAGGGAUGUGUGCGCAGUGAACCAUGGCGCUGUAGGGUCAGAGAAAAAGAUGGUUUCAGAAAAUUUAAUGGGCUAAAAAUGCCAGAUACAAACAUCUUGGUUAAUGCAAGUAUGAGACUUUCGGAGUGCAAGGCUAAAUGCUGGGAAAAUUGUUCCUGCAAGGCUUAUGCAAACUUGUACAUUACUGCAGGAGGCAGUGGUUGUAUCCUUUGGUUUGAUGAUCUUAUUGAUUUGAGAGUGGCUACAGUCCCUUCGCAAGAUCUUUUUAUUCGAAUGGCUUAUUCUGAUACUGUACUAGAAGAUGCAGAAAAGCAUAAGAAAAAGGUUGUCGUGGGAACAACAGUUACUUUUUCCUUGGUUCUCAUGAUGCUUUUGGCCUUCUUUUCCGUUCAUUGGAAGAAUAGAAAGCAAAGAGAGAAAAUUUUGACCGGGAAUAGUCACGAAGGAGAGCAAGAAGACAUAGAGUUGCCUUUCUUUGACGUUGCCACAAUUGUUCGUGCCACUAAUGAUUUCUCAAGUGACAAGAAGCUUGGCCAAGGUGGUUUUGGACCUGUAUACAGGGGUACACUGGGAGAUGGGCAAGAGAUUGCUGUCAAAAGGUUAUCUGAGGCAUCUAGACAAGGAUCGGAAGAAUUCAAGAAUGAAGUUAUAAUGUGUGCGAAACUUCAACACCGGAAUCUUGUUAAAGUCCUUGGCUGUUGCAUUCAAAGAGAGGAGAAAAUGCUCAUCUAUGAAUACAUGCCCAACAAAAGUUUAGAUACCAUUCUUUUUGAUUUUCGACAAAGUAAAUCUCUGGAUUGGCCACAACGUUUUCACAUUAUAUUUGGAAUUGUUCGAGGACUUCUCUAUCUUCAUCAAGAUUCUCGGUUAAGAAUCAUACAUAGAGAUCUUAAAACAAGCAAUAUUCUGUUAGAUAAGGAUUUAAAUCCGAAAAUUUCUGAUUUUGGUAUUGCAAGAAUGUUCGGAGGAGAUCAAAUGGAAGGAAAUACAAAGAAAGUGAUUGGCACAUAUGGUUAUAUGGCGCCAGAAUAUGCUGUCCAAGGAAUAUUUUCAAUUAAAUCUGAUGUAUUCAGUUUCGGUGUAUUACUUCUAGAAAUAAUAAGUGGAAAGAAAAACCGAGGGGCUUCCUAUCCAAACUACGGUUUUAAUCUUAUCAGCCAUGCUUGGAGACUAUGGAAGGAGGAUAACUCAAAGGAACUAAUAGAUGCUUGUUUGGGGGACAACUUAAAUUUAUCAGAAGUAUUACGUUGCAUCCAUGUGGCUCUUCUUUGUGUACAACUGCAUCCUGAGGAUAGGCCAAACAUGGCGUUAGUAUUAAUAAUGUUGAGCAGUGAGAGUGCCUUGCCUGAACCAAAGAAGCCUGGUUUCCUAUUAGAAAGGACGUCAGCUGAAGGAGAGUAUUGUUCUGACAUGAAGAUGAUGUCUUCUUCAAGCACUGAAAUAAGUAUGACUCUGCCACAGCCUAUAAUGUCUCUUUCUGCAUUGCAAAACACCGAGAAUAGUUUUAUGACCCAUCCCAAGAACCUCAAAGUUCAACCCAUGGAUGUUCUCGGUUUCAUGAGCAUCGUUGUUUAUGUUCUUGCCUCGGGUUUCAAAGCUUCCAUGGCAGUUAGUUCCGUCCGUCCGUCCCAAAACAUCAGUGACGCCUCAGGCACGACUUUAAUUUCCCAAGGUGGAAACUUUGAGCUUGGUUUCUUCACCCCAGGAAACUCCGACAAACGCUACCUGGGAAUUUGGUACAAGAAAAUCCCACAAACUGUUGUCUGGGUAGCAAAUAGCGUUAACCCGACUAACGACUCCUCCGGUGUAUUAACGGUAAACGCCACUGGCAACCUCGUCCUCACACAGAACAAAACCAUCCUUUGGCACACGAAUUUAACAAGGCAGGCUCAGGAUACAGUAGCAGAGCUCUUGGAUUCUGGUAAUUUUGUGGUGAGAGAUGUAAAUGAAGCAAACCCAGAAGUUUAUUUGUGGCAAAGUUUCGAUUAUCCUUCUGAUACAUUGCUUCCUGGCAUGAAGCUGGGAUGGGACCUGAGAACACGUUUGAAUAGGAAAAUGACAGCUUGGAAGAGCCCAGAUGAUCCAACCCCAAGUGGGUUUUCUUGGGAAUUAUUGCUUCACAACUAUCCUGAGUUUUUCCUCAUGAAGGGAUCAAAGAAGUUCAUGAGAAUUGGACCUUGGAAUGGUUUAUAUUUCAGUGGCAUACCAGAUUUAAAGCCAAACCCAAUCUAUAAUUUCAACUUUAUAUCCACUUCGGACGAGGUUUACUACACUUUUAGCCUUAACAACACUUCUGUGAUAUCAAGAAUGGUGAUGAACCAAUCCACUUUUCAGGCCAAUCGCUACGUGUGGGUUGAAGCAGAUCAAAAUUGGAUGAUUUAUAAGUCACUACCUAAGGAUUAUUGUGAUAACUAUAACCUCUGUGGGCCAAAUGGGAAUUGUAUUAUCAGUGACUCCCCUGUUUGCCAGUGCUUGAAAGGAUUCAAGCCUAAGAUACCACAAGCUUGGAACACAAUGGAUUGGUCAGGAGGAUGUGUGAGAAAUAAAGCAUUGAACUGUAAUAAUGGAAGCAAGGACGGGUUUAUCAGAUUGACUGGGUUGAAAAUGCCAGAAACUAAACUCACUUGGACUGAUCAGAGUAUGAGUCUAGAGGGAUGCAGAGAGAGGUGUCUGAGAAAUUGUUCUUGCAUGGCCUACACAAGUAAAAAUAUAUCAGGAGCUGGAAGUGGCUGUGUUAUGUGGUUUGGAGAUUUAAUUGAUAUCAGACACUUUCCGUCUGAUCACCAGGAACUGUAUAUCCGAAUGGCUAUUUCGGAGCUAGAUGAAGAACGUAGGAGAACGAAGAAGCUGACAAUAAUAAUUGUCUCAACCUUGGGUGCAAUUUCUGUGGUGCUUUUACUAGGCUUGUGUUUUUGUAUCUACCAAGAUCGAAGGAUGAGGAAGAUGACUGAUAAUCCAAAAGACAGCGAAGGAGAUCAAAACAGAGGAGAAAGUGUGGAUGAUCUGGAUCUCCUGGUGCUUGACUUUUCAACGCUCGCUAUUGCCACUAAUAACUUCUCAUCAGAGAACAAAAUUGGUGAAGGGGGUUUUGGACGUGUAUAUAGGGGAAAAUUAGCACACGGGCAAGAGAUUGCUGUUAAGAGGUGUUCAGGAAGCUCAAGGCAAGGAAUAAAUGAGUUCAAGAAUGAAGUAAAAUUGAUAGCAAAACUACAACACCGGAAUCUUGUGAAACUUUUUGGUUGUUGCAUCCAAGGAGAUGACAAGAUGCUGGUGUAUGAAUACAUGCCUAAUGGGAGCUUGGAUAGUUUCAUUUUUGAUGAUACCAAAAGUAAGUGGCUGGAUUGGCCUAAACGAUUCCACAUCAUUUGUGGAAUUGCACGAGGUCUUGUUUAUCUACAUCAAGAUUCUAGAUUGAGGAUUAUUCAUCGAGAUCUCAAAGCAAGUAAUGUUUUACUUGAUGAUAAGUUAAUUCCAAAAAUAUCAGAUUUUGGCAUAGCAAGAAUCUUCGGAGCAGACCAAAUUGAAGGAAAUACAAAGCAAGUAGUUGGCACUUAUGGGUAUAUGGCACCCGAAUAUGCAGCAGAUGGUCUUUUUUCUGUAAAGUCAGAUGUCUUCAGUUUUGGUAUAUUGUUGUUAGAGAUUAUAAGCGGGAAGAGAAGUAGAGGCUUUUAUCAUCCAGAUCGCUCCCUUAACCUGAUUGGUCAUGCUUGGAAUCUGUGGGAAGAAGGAAAUGCAACAGAACUGAUAGACUCAAACUUAGUGGAAUCAUGCAAUCUAUCAAAAGCACUACGUUGUAUUCAUGUUGGUCUCUUGUGUGUCCAACAAUAUCCAGAGAAUAGGCCUACCAUGCACUCUGUGGUUCUAAUGUUAGGAAGUGAAACUGAAUUGGCUCAACCUAAAGUGCCUGGUUUCUAUACAAAGAAGGAUUUCAUUGAAACCAAUUCACCCACAAGUCAAAUGGAAGUUAGCUCCACCAACGAAUUAACUAUUACUUUAUUAGAAGCUCGAUGAUAUUGAACUCUUCACAGAAGGAUGGGCACAAGUGGAGCUAUGUAGAAGAGGGGCAGCCAAAAGUAUUUGGAGAACAGUGCUUGUUUUUCUUCUGUAUAUACAAGUUAGAAUUUGUACUACUUCUGGUCC